GGAGCGGCUCCGACAGGACGGGGUCGGGAGGGGACGCCCGGCGGGAAGCUCGUCGCCCAGAGCCGGGGUGCGGGUUCCGGAGCAGCGGCUCCCCGCGCGAGACUCUGCUCUUCGGCCGGGGCGCGCCCUGCCGAGCCCGACCACCCGCGGCCGUCGCCCGCGCAGCCCCGAGGGCCCCUCGCCUCCCCUGCACGUGCCGCGCCCCGCGCGCCCCGUCCGGCCGCCGCGAUGAGCGAGCUGAAUACCAAAACAUCCCCGGCAACCAACCAGGCACCUGGCCCAGAGGAAAAAGGGAAAGCUGGCAGUGCCAAGAAGGCUGAGGAGGAGGAGGAGAUUGACAUUGACCUGACUGCGCCGGAAACAGAGAAGGCCGCCCUUGCCAUUCAGGGCAAGUUCCGGAGAUUCCAGAAAAGGAAAAAGGAUCCCAGCUCCUGAACCACCAGCCUUGCCCUUCACUCUCUCCCUUCUCUCCCCUUCACCGCAGCCUGACUCCUAUGUGUCUUUGUCUCUUUGUCCCUCUAGCCUCUUGUUGAGGCAAGUUCAACCCUUAUAUAUUAUUUUCUCUGGUCCCCCCUCCUGCCAUCACAACAGUAGAGGCUCAAGGAAUGUGGGGGAAGAUGAAGAAUUCAACUGGCAGCCACUUGCCUAAGGGCGGACCCAUUUGUCUUUGGGAUAAGCCUCCUUGACCAGUAGCCGUGCCUGGCCUGUGAGGUUGAAGAGCAGAGGCUUUAAGGCUGAGAGGGACCCCGGACAGUGCUGGGGGGAGGGGAGAACCUUCAGAGAAGGGUGCCCGAGGGUGGGCCUAGGCAUCGUUCCACCAGUUGCAACAGUCACACUUCAGGUAACGUGUUUCUGCUCUUCCGUCCUUCUGCACCAACACACCCACCUUCCCUCCCGUGAGCUAAGCGACAGGGGGGACUGGACCCUCCCUCUGCUCAAGGCAGACCCAGAUCAAGCACCUUCCACAUUAGUGCAUGCUGAGUAGGCGAGUUCCGAGGAAGGGAACGUGGGAUGGGUGGAGGCCAGAGGAAUUUCCUUCACCGUCCAGUCCAGGACCAUUGGGGCAGAGGAAGAAGAGGUUUCAGAGGGGCGCAGGCAGGGAGGUGGGCCUAGAGUAGAUUUGGGCAUGAAAGAAAGGUAAGGGAGACACCACUACUGCCAGUAAAUGUGGACUGGAUG